AUGGCGUUGCUGUUCGAUCCGCAUUUUACCUUGCUCCGAGAAGAUCAGAGCGUGAAGCUGUUUCAAAUUGAUUGCCUCGUCAAUCACAAAGCAUUCGGAGGUUUGGCUAUCCUUCUGGUGGCGAUCUGGAUGGGGGGUUAUGAAGACGGAUUUUCAUGGUCCGAAGAUCCUGAGCGUGAAUUUCAUUAUCAUCCCACGUUCAUGGUGUUCCUGUUAGGAGAAUCAAUGCUGGUAUAUCGUGUGUUCCGUAAUGAGCGUAAAAAGUUCAGUAAAACCCUGCAUGUCUGUCUACAUUCAAUGGUGUUGGUGUUCAUGAUCAUAGCCCUCAAAGCUGUAUGGGAUUCACACGAUCUUCAUAGAGAUGCGUUAGGACAACUCGAUCCCUUACCGAAUCUGAUCUCCCUGCAUUCAUGGAUCGGACUCAGUGUCGUGAUUUCCUUUUGUAUUCAGGUGAGAGUCGUGUUUAGAUCUAAUUAG